CGCAGUAUAGCAGGAUAGACCUAUAAUUCCUUCCCCAGGCCCCUCUCACCGCAUAUAUUAUGGCCUAUACUAAUUUAUCUACUCAGGUUAACGAGGGAUGCGCCGCCCGGGUGACAUGUUUGGGCAACUCUUCAACCCCACAAUGGUCUGAUACUCUCAGUGUCUUCGCGCCUACUCCUGCUUUUAGAGGCAUCUCUUCAGCUUCCUCUUCUGCUCCAAACAGGACGUCCUUCACCCACCCCAAUAUUUCAAAUGCAGGCACAUCGAACACCAAGAAUGAAGAGUUACAGGAAUUACAACAAGUGUACCGGGGCUUCUGUCAGCCUCGCCAGGAAUGGCAAGUCUUUCAAGACAUGAAAAAACAAGAGAAAGGAACGGCAUCCACCAAUUCCUCCAGGUUCUCUGAGCUUCUGUUGCAGUCUGAGACCCGCGCUAGAGUGUCAUCGGACAAAAAUCAUCUUACUAAUAUAGCGAGAAAAGAAGCCAAGGACUCAAAUGUUGGUGACAAGAAGUACAACAGUGGAGGAAGGCUUCAAGGUGGUGGAGACGUCCAAAGGGUUUUAAAUUCAUUGCCUCAAAUGGUAACGAGGAGUCAAGCAAGGUUAGGUCUACCGCUGAAUAAUAAACGCUCAGAAAAUCUUCUGAGAUAUAAUGAAGAGAGUCGUAGACAUAAACAAGAAAGAUGGGUCAACAAUGAAGUACAGAAGAACCUUCAGUAUAGUAAAAUAAGGCACGAUGUUAAGAAAGUCAAAGCUUUUGGGUUUAAUAAAAUUAAAUCCACUAACAACACUACACGAAGUGGAAUUGAAUUCGGCUCUGUAUGUAAGACUUGUGGAGCGGUGGCGGUGACUAAAAUUGGAUGGAUGGCCCAUCAGGCUGCUCACAGAAACAAGAGCACAGCUUGCAAGUACUGCUGUUCUGUGUUCCUCAACGCAUACGGCCGCGACCUUCAUCAGGAUCUUCACAAGGAAGGUCACACGAGUGAAGUGGACGAUUACUGUGAAUGCGCUCUCUGUGGUGGUGCCUUCAUCAACAUCAUGUACUUAGAGCUGCACUUGUUAGAUAUGCAUGGAACAGACGCACUUCACAAUUCUCAGUCUUUCGUUCUGGGCUCGGCACCCAACCCACACUUUUCCUUUUUGUGCGAGAUAGAAAGCACCGAACAGUUAUUUCGAUGUGGGGUAUGUUAUGCAAGAUUUACUUACAGCUUUAACCUUGACUGUCAUAUGGCUCUCCAUACGCAAAUGUGUUACGCAUGUGGCCUCUGUGAUUCUGCUUAUUCAUCUUUAAAUUUGCUCGUAAAUCACUGCAACGUUCAUCUGGGAAUUAAUACAGCAGCUGCUCCUUUUAACUGUCCACCGCUUAAAAUUCAGGACCAGAAGAACCGCAGCCCAGAGCCGCCAGUUCUCAUAGAUGUUGACUUGUGGGGAGACCAGUCAGGAGACUUUCACUACGAUGGUGCUACAUCUUUUACAGAUUCAGUCAAUACCCCUGUCUUUACUACCUCUGAGAUAUCCCCGUCAUCUCCAUUUAAAAUCUACAACUCUGAUAUAGCCUCUGGUUGGCCUACAGUAGCUAGCUCUGCUUCAAAGUGUAAUUUUGCCACAGUCUCCAAGACAGCCUCGGAUAUUAGUGAUUCCACAACCUCUCGAUUUAAGAUGACCUCUCGGCCAGAAUCAGCCACUAGUUUCACUAAAAGUGAUAGCUGCCACACAUCCAACUUUGCCCCAGUCAUCGCCGAAGGUCCUCUCGCCUCUCCCUGGGGUCUCGAUGCAAACAAUCUUCAGCGACCUUCUACGGUGAAUUUGUUACACAAAAAUGCCUUUGCUGACUAGUAAAGGCCUAGUGAUUCUCGCGCAUUCCCACUCCUGAAUCAAGAUACUAUCAACACCGCUAUGGACUCAAGUAAAUUACUGUAAUAGGAGUCCUUUGAAUACAAAGUUUAUUGAAACACUGCAAGAAAGAAGCCUCCAAGCAAAUAUUAUAACGUUAUUACAGCAAAACGCAAAGAAGACAACUUAGGCGUUUUGGCACUCAAAACAUAUUGUUAGAAUUAGCUGUUGAGAAUAAAACGUGUAUUCCAAUGAUAGGACGACCACUCAAGUCCACUUCAUUAAGAUGUCUUCGCGGUCCACAACAGAUAAUCAAAAGUUAUGUUAAACUUUCAUUUACUGCCAAUUUCUCUUAAUUUUGGGUACGUGUAAUGUUUGGUUCUGUCAUUAACUAAAAGACAAGAAAAGUGUGUCAAGUCUUCUGUUUUUUUUUUUUUUUUUUUUGCGGUUUGUCCUUGUUAAUCUUCAACAGAUGAUUUUACAACGUUAUUAACGACCAUUAAGGACUUAAUAUGACGUUUCUUUAACAAAGUAUCUGAGUACUAUAUUUUGGCUGCAUACUAUAUCUAGUUAAUAAUCCCGGGGAGAAACUGUGCCUGUUCGACUGUUUAAAAAAAUAUAUACGAGUAUAUUUUGGCAGUAUAUUUUGGUUAUUGUAUGGAAAGACAAGCAGCGUGAACUCUGGGGGAGAACUAAUGGUGAUACCACUGUAUCACAUCAGAGAAAAUCAUGUCGAUUCCCACAGUAUCUUCAUGUUCUUACUCACGAGUGUGAAGCCUCUCUCACUAUAAUUCCCUAUAAUUAUUGAGCAGCAUAAACAUUUGGUAAUUACGAUUUAAGUUAAUAUGAAGAAAAUCGUUUUCCUAUAUGUAAAUAUUA